AUGGGGGGACAGCACUCUCAGUUCACAGAAGAAGAACUCAAAGAUUAUCAGGUAAAGACGCUAUCUUUAUGCUUUAUUCGAUAUGAUUUCUUCUUAUUCUUGAUUGUAUUUUUUUGAAAUAUUUGAAGAAGGUGUUAGGGUUAGUAGUAACAGUAGUGUUUACCUCGUUGCAGGAACUGACGUAUUUCACGCAGAAGGAAAUCUUACAGUGAGUUUAUCUUCUCCCCUGAUCUUCCCGUCACCGUAAUUUUUGCUCCAUUAGCAGUGAAGCCCUAACUGUUAACCGUAUAGUUAACUAAAAUGGCUUAGCUAAAUUGUUGAAUCAAGUAGUACUGAACCACCAACCGCAAUGCUCUUGUGUUAUAACGACCCUGUAUUUAUAUUUAGGCUUUUAUUACAGCAGUCUAUACGGUCACCGAAAUUGUGAAAAGUUGACCUGUAUGUUACGGUCACCCGUGUAGAUAUAUAUAAGUGAGCCGUGAUGUUUUUAUUGUCAUUAAAAUGAUAAAAGCUCUACAAUAUUAAAAGAAAUAUCCUCAAUAAGCACGGUUUACGAAAAAACUAUAUACAGUAUGACCAGUAUGUUGCCCAGUAUGCGGACACUUAAGUUUAACAUGUACUACAAUGACUUUCCUUUGUUAGUCGCAAGAGCUGUGAAAUUUGGCCCAGAGAAAAUUUACUUAGUCCUCAAUAUGACGAAAGACAGUUUAACUUUUUUGCUUUUGUUUCCAUCGCGAAAUUAAUAUUUUUGCAGAGCUCCUGUAUUGCCCAGUAUCCGGACAAAACAAUAACAGCGUAAUUGUACAUGAAUUUCGACAGGCAAGCGACUUAUAAGCUUCUCUUGCACUUGCUAAGUAGUCUGGCAAUCGAUUUCAAACAUACAACCUAGCAUCAUGAAAUAAAACAUAACAGAUGACGGGGGUAUGGUGGAGAACACAAGCGGCUGUUAAAUGGUAUAUUAUUAUUACUCCCUUGUCUAGGAACUUUUUCACUGAUUUAAGGAAGGCAUCCGUGGACAUACCAAAGCCGCCAUUUGCAAGCUCAAUUAGCCAAUCUGCAAAUGACUUUUUUUCUUCAUUUUUUAUUUAAAAAAAAAAGCUUGGGGAAUGGACCUCAAUCCAAUGGUCAAAGGUCACCCUCCUAUUUAGUCUUACCUGCAGUGUUGAUUUCUUCAUGCUCAGUCCCCACAGUAAGCCUGCUUUUCUAGCUCUAAUUCCUCCUUUUUUCACAUCUCUUAAUUCCUUUGUGACAUUUUUCAGACCGUUGCAACCCCCCAUUCUAGCAGUCACAACUGGGGAAAGUAUGAAAUUUCCAGGUUCAACUCCAAUGCUUUCAGUUAUAUACAGAAAAUGCAGUCACGCAAACAAGCUGUGCACACGAAAUCAAGUCGACUCUGAAUGAGUGAAGAAAAUUUCCAUACAUUUACAUUUUACGACUACAUCAUAUAUCCCAAGCUUUAAUAUUAUUAUAGUUAUAGAUAUGAAAUAAAUCUUAUCCGGAUAAUGUACACAGCUAAUUCGAUUCUGUACAGCAAAGAAAAAACUGUCUGGGUACUGGGCACCUGAUAUCAAUACUUAGUGAAUGUUUCUGGCCUCCAUUAUUCCAAACAAAUCAAAUUUCAAGAAGAAUUAAUAAACUUUCUGAGAACCUGACUUCUUUAAGUAUCUUCACUUUAAAUAUAAAACAGUUUUCUUGAAAAUAUCACAUGUUACCUACCCUUUUCUGAGCAGCACUAAUUUUAAUGCGCAGUAAACAGCAUAAAUAUUAGCCAUGAAAAGUUUACUCACCUAAACAGAACGUCGUCUUCUGGGACAGUUUCACAAGCUUUAAACUUGCCAAAACUUUCAUCUUAAAGCUGAAAUGUUCAGCUUUCAUUUGAAAUACUUUGUUUACCGAGAACUGGAAAGGGCGCCUCAAAAAUUGAGUUUUUGUUUUAAGUGUCCAGAUACUGGUACCAUCCGGAUACUGGGAAACAUACUGUAACCAACUAAUAAAAAUACUGUCUACUAAAACUGCAUGAUUUGUACUCUAAGAAUCAUACUAAAACUGAAUUGCUGAAUCAAGUCAUACAGGCAUAUAUUACAGAGGCAGUCACCCUUUAGACUAAUAGAAUUCAAUGUCAUUAUUUUACUGGUAAAUAACGGUCACCAAAUUCGGCCGGGCAUGAACAAUCUAUGAAAUCGAUGAUCGGAAAAUCAAUCGAUCAAAUUAUUGAUAACAAUCGAUUAAUUUCUGCUAAUUGAUAUCGAUUGGCAUCGGCCAGUCAAUGACCAAUAGAUAAUCACACAAAAGUAGUCUCAAAUUUCUUCUAUUGCCAUGCGAUUGGCAUACAAACUAAAUCUUCAGUUAUGCAAGUGUCAGUCGCAUGAAACAUGUAGGAGAAUGAACAAGCUUCUUUCAACAGAUGUUUACACAUUGCUGCUUGUUAAUCUGCUCAGUAAGUGACCAGCUCUAGUUACGACCACCUAGCUUUGUGAAACCCGCUUUGUUCUGUGACUUAAACUUUGUGAUGGAAAGGUCUGGUAAGCAACUGCUCCUCUAAGCAGCGGCAACCACUUUUGGGAUUGCCCAACUGGGCUUUUCCUUCCUUUUUUAAGCUCUCAUAAUCAACCACUCAGAAUCUUAAUUAUUCAAAUCAACAUUUUAAAGAAACUGCACACUGUGCUAAUGGUCUAAAAACUGGAUGUAAAGUUUAGCCGUGUCUAUAUCGGAUAUGAAGACACUCAUAUAAUAUAAGCAUUAAUUUAUUUUGACAAAAGAAAGAUGGUGAAUUUUAAGCUCAGUGAAGAAAAGAGAAGUGAUGUGAUCAACAUGUCACAAGCACAGGACAAAGAAAAAGUCUGAGUCCCCGACAGAAACUGAACCUAUGACCUCUACACUGGUCAGAUACUCUAACUAUUGAGCUAUAAAGGACUCGUGGUGAGCUGCACCAUAUACAAGGUUCAUGUAUUGCAUGCGUCCUGCUUACUGCUAGGAUUAGCAAUGUUAAGUGAAGAAAUGAGAAGUGAUGUGAUAUAAACAUGUUAUGAGCAUGGGACAAAGAAAAACAAGUUUCUUUAGCAAAGGAUUGGAACAAGUUACGUAAUGAAUUACGGGCUGAUGGCCUAUCUUUAGGAUCAUUUAAAAGAAAGACAUUUAAGUAUUUGCAAGAACAAGACAAAACACAGCAUAAAAUUAAUGUAUAUUGUAGUUUAAUUCCUUUUAUUUUUUUCUACACCUUUUUUAUUGUAAUUAUUAGUCUUUCUGCUAUUUUACUAGUACGUACGGUGUACUAUUUUUUUUUUUUAAUCUUGAAAUAUUUUAUUACUGGACAUAGGUUUAUACCAGCUGUUUUUUUUAUACUCAUCUGACCUGUUUUUUGCAGUUUAAAUAAAGUAUUUAUUAUUUUUAAGCUCUCGUAAGCAACCACCCUCUAUUGUUUGCGAUCGCUUGCAAGAGCUCAUUCUUGUAAGCGACCAGCUCUAGCAACCACUGAGGUGGUCGCUUGCAAGAGCUUUGACUGUAACUACUUUUAGAGAAUCAUGACAAUCAUUCAACAGAUCAUUAAAUUGUAGCAGCAUGUACCAGGGUAACUGGGUUUCACUUAAAUACAAAUAUUAUACUAAAUACAACCACAACAGACAAAUUCGUUUCAUCCUCUUAAAAAUCCAGUAAAUACUAGACCUGGGACAAGCCACAAACAGAAGUCAUGUAUCUCAUCCAUAGGGGGUCAGAUAAAAAAAUAAUGCAAUGAUCAUUGGAGAGACCCUGUUAGGGGAUAGAUUUGACAAGUGACCUGAAACGGUGAUGAAGUUCAGAUGACAUGGCAAUGCCGUGACAAAUAAUACAAAGAUGAGUUGUAGUUAGGAGAGCUAUAAACGGUCAGGUUGCCAGCUACUGUCAUUGGAGUAGCACCCCCUUUCUGUUAUCAUUUGAUACAUUUCGUCAAAAACCUUGUAUCUAGUGUUGCUGUUUGUUGUAGCAAUUCUGUGAUAACCUUUUUAUUUUUUUGUAGUUGUCAUAAAAGGUUUUCGCAGCUUGACCCUGAGGCUGUGAGGGCCAACAAGAAUGCAAAACUUCCUUCAAGGAAGAUCAUGACCUUACCAGAACUAAGGGUAUGUACAUUUGUUUGAAUGCACAAAUUAUGAUAAAGUGAGUCAGAUGUUCAUUCUUGUUACUCAGAGCCUUUUCAUCUUUUUACUUGUUAUCCAAUCAUUUUGUUAACAAUAAUAUAAUAUUUAUUAAUAUGUAUGGCACAAAUAUCAAUCUAGACGAAAUUUUCAUUUACGCUUACGUAAAUCCUACUUACAAACCCUACUAUAAAAAAAAUCAAUGUUUAUAAAAAAUAAAAUACAUUCCUAGUACAUAUCCUACAUCUAGAAAUUCUUAAAACAAUGACUAAUUAUUCCUUAAAAUCCCAUUUACAAAUUCCAGAAAUAAAUGGCUAGGAAAUGCCUUCUUAAAUAAAUGUGUUUUUAGCACCUUUUUUCCCUGUUACUGAAGAUAUAUUUUCUAAUAAAAAGGGGAAGAAAGCUGUUUAGAACAAAUGCCACUCAAUUGGCUUGAGAGUUACUAGCAGUCUGUACAAACAUCUUGUUGACAGACUCAAGUAAAACUGACAACCAUACAUUGAAGAUCAAAGGAUAACUGAUAUUAUAACUAAUAAUAGACAAUAACAUCACUGCUAAACUGACAGACGGUGACUUAUUUGACCAAUCAGGUCAAUAACCAGAGAGUUGAAAACCAUCUACUGACGGGAUACAACUCACUUUGACUCUGAAGACUACCCCUCUGGUUGUCAAAAUGUCAGUCAUUGUCAACAACAGACCCAUUCAGGACUACACUCACCUGGACAAUCAUAACCCAACCUCUCAUGAACUGACUCCUAGGUUCUAACCUAACGCAAACAGGAUAUUCCUAAAACUAUCUAAUAAUUAAUGUUAUAGGAUUGACUGAUCGAUCAAUCUUUGGGGGUGCUGUGAAUUAUUUUGCAUCCUUGUGUCCAGGUUGGGAGUUUUUAUCCUUCAGGCCCAAAGAACCCAGGGAUAAGAAUAUUACUAAUUAUCAUGUGUGUAUUUGAAGUCUGACAUCAAUGUCUCUUUUUCAGGUAAAUCCUUUUAAAGACAGAAUUUGCAAAGUGUUUUCAUCAUCCAAAGAUGGAGAGCUCACCUUUGAAGACUUUUUGGAUAUGAUGUCUGUUUUUAGUGAAAAUGUGAGUUGCUUAUAAACUCGUAUAGGUGGUUAAUGUUACAUUGUUCACUUUAUUGACAAAAACCUGCAGUACUGUGUCAAGUUUGUUGUCUUUCACAAUUUUGGCUGAAAAUGCAAUUAACUUGCAAACAGUCAGUUUUUUCAAUUAAUAUAUAGUUGUUGUACAUGUACUUUAAUUGACUCUGAGAUGACUGAAAGAAAAAUGUUUAAGAAACUAAGGAUAUACACAUGUACCUUUGAUUUUUUAUUCUUUUAGCCUAAAACACAUUGGUUUGUCAUUAUUGCUUUUUACUGUUAAUAAAAUUAUACCAAGGAUAAAAAAUAUUCAUUUUGUGUUUGACAAAAUGUAUCAUUAGUAUCGUAUUAAUUAUUAAAAUACGAUACUAAUUAAAAAACCAAUUGAAUUUUGGUUUUAUACAAAGAAGGAAAGUUCUCGUUGAAGCUGCAGUCAUGAUUUUGUUACCCCUGCGUCCUGCGUCCCUGAUACGUAAAAAUUCUCAAGGACGCAGAAUAAUUGACGGCUUGCGUCCUUUGGGAUGCAAAUUAUGAUUGCUCGAUCUAAGGAAUGUUUUUGAAGAAUGCCUAGUUUGCGGGUUUUGAAAUUGUGUAUUGAAGCUGCUACCUCCAAACAAAAGAGUAAUAUUGUCUGCUCAUAAAAUAGGUUAAGAAUAAUUUGUGAAUGAAUAGACAGAAAUAUUUCCACACAAAUUCUGCAAUACUGUAGGAGUGUUUACUCAUUAUGUUUGCCAUAUAUGGAAAGCAGGUGGCUGAACCUUGAAGAUGGCGGACAGUGGUUCAUAAUACGGCAAAGCUUGUUAAUGUUAAAAGGAAAUUGGAAAUUAUAAUAUUUUUUGUUGGGAACACUGUAAUAAUUUAUUUCAUUUUAGUACACUGUAAUGUAUUACAGCGAUAAGUGCUUUGCUAUUCACAGAAGACUACAGAUUAAACAUGAUUGUCUGGUUUCAUGAUAGUUCUGGCAUGUUUUAAUGUAGUGAGGACUCACUGGGUUUUGAACUGGGACUCACUGAUUCUGGACUGCAUCAAACUCACUCUUUUAUUACUUCAGGCCCCAAAGAGUGUAAAGGUGGAAUAUGCAUUUAGAAUUUAUGGUAAGUUUCCAAGUGUUUAUUAUUAUUUGGCACGGAGAGGAUGUUGAAUGGCCACUGAUCAUGUUGAUAGUCAUAACUGCAUUUAUGUUACUGAAGGUGGAUGUGUUACUUGAUGGCAGGGAGGAACCCAGGCAAGAGUUAAAGGGUUGUGUGCAGUAGCCAACGGUUUUGCUUUUUGUAAAGAUAUACGUGCAGAUAACAGUGUUUAGGGUAUGAGUGAGAGUCUUCCCUUGUUUUGUUGAAUAUUCACCAUGACCAGAAUAUUGGCAAUGAUUAUUUUUGUUGGAAUAUGCCCACAAUACCUGUUGCUCUGUCUAAAGAAUGACUGAGUGAGACUGAGUAGAAUCUGAAGAAAGAAUCAACAGUAAUAAUUUAUUUUUGUUUUUCCACACGACAUGGGCGUACACCUCUACCUUCAAGUUCUGAAUGAAUUUAUUUUUGAACGUGUUACAACUCUCUUUGGCAGCUGAUUUGAGAUGAUUGGGAGCCCCCUCUCACAAGGAGGCUGGGUACAACCCUAUGAUGAGAAUGAUACCGGUAUUGGUAGGGGUUUUUUGCACUUUGUUGGGCGGUUUAUCAAGGAGAGAGGGUCAAUGCUUUUAAUAGAGAGAUUAAGAUUCACGUUUACGCCAAACGGCAAACGUGAAUUUCUACCACGUGACCAAGAUUUCCGCUUAUUUUUCAUUUACUGGUUACUGCUUCUACACAAAAAUAAGUAAUUUUAUGCUAGCUUUAUCCAUAAGAAUCGCUCUGGACUGUUUUUCGCUGCUUAUUUUCUAUUCUGAGAAAUUCUCAACUGACGUUUGCCGUAUGCCAUAAACGUGAAUCUUAAUCUCUCUAAUGUAACACUAUCUGUUUCUGAUAGAUGAUAAUUAUAUAGUCAUCAACAGCACUGCUCAACAAAAAUUUUGGUUCCAUAGAUUUCAAUGAGGAUGAUUAUAUCUGUGAAAAUGAUUUAAAACGAGUAAUCGUAAGAUUGUGUGGAGAGCAAAGACUUUCAGAGGACAAUGUGAAUGCUUUGAUUCAAAAGGUAACCGUAUACAGGAUUACCCAUUUUUGUUUUAUCAAGUUUAUUCUUGAAGCUUAUAAAUGCAUACAAUGUAGAUUGUUCACAGUUCCUUAUUUUUCCCUAAGAUCAUUGCAAUUGAAUGCUUUGCAUUACUGGCAGCCAUCUUGGAUGAGUGUCAAAUCUACUUAGGGGCUGGGGGACAGUUUGAAAGGAAGCCUUCCUCUCCCCACCACUUUAGACCCCAAUGCCUGCCCCCUUGGUACACUUGAAACCAAGAUGGCUGUCGUACCAGUAAGCGCUCUAUCCUGGACUUCUGACGAUCUUAUGAAAAAGUAG